AUGUCUGAGGAUACUGCUUUGCUUGAACGCCAAAAGGAACCCCCUAAGAGGGACUCCCGUUAUCUCAAACCAGAGGAGAUUGAAUGGGAAUUUGGUGGGGUGCCUGGGGUUAUUGGUAUGCUCGUUGGUUUCCCAGCCCUCAUGUACUAUAUGUGGAUUUCUGCCGAAUUCUAUCAUGGGGCUCCUGCCUGGCCUCAAGAUGGGGAAUCUUGGUCCGAAUUCUUCCAACAUUUCUUUGGCCUCGUCCACCAACAUGCCUUUCCUCCUUCCCCUAGAGCCUGGACCAUCUUUGUCACCUUUUUUGUCACCCAAAUGAUCUUCUACGUGACAUUGCCUGGGAUCUGGACCAAGGGCCAACCUUUGACUCAUUUGAAUAAUGAAAAAUUGCCUUACUUUUGUAACGCCGUUGCCAGUUUCUACACUUCCAUUGCUAUUGCUGCCAUUCUUCAUGUCACCGGAAUUUUCAAGCUCUACACUAUCCUUGAAAUGUUUGGUGAGAUCAUGACCGUUGCGAUCAUUUUGGGAUUCGUGUUAACUUUUAUCCUUUACGUAUACACAUUGAAUGUCAGUGGUGAUUACCAUAGAAUGACCGGUAACCAUAUCUAUGAUUUCUUCCUUGGUGCUCCUUUGAACCCACGUAUCGGGAUUAUUGACCUCAAGAUGUUUUUUGAAGUUCGUAUCCCUUGGUUCAUUUUAUUUUUCCUUACAUCAGCUCUUGUGGUGAAACAAUGGGAAGAAUUGGGUGCCCCUACCCCACAAGCUUUGUUUCUCUUAUUAGCUCAUUGGCUUUAUGCUAAUGCUUGUUCUAAAGGUGAAGAGCUUAUUGUUCCAACUUGGGAUAUGGCCUACGAGAAGUUUGGUUUCAUGUUGUUGUUCUGGAACAUUGCUGGUGUGCCUUUCACUUAUUGCCAAGUCACUUUAUAUAUUAAUUACCAUUCUCCUGAGGAAUACCACUGGUCCACUGCCUACAACACCUUCUUGUUUGUGUUGCUUUUGGGGGCUUACUACAUUUUUGACACUUGUAAUGGCCAAAAGAACUCGUUCCGUAAAAUGCUUGCUGGAGACACCAAGAUCCGUCGUUCUUUCCCAUUCCUUCCUUGGCAAGUGCUCAAGAAUCCUCGUUACAUCAAAUGUGAAAAUGGCUCGACUUUAUUGAUUGAUGGCUGGUACCGUUAUGCCAGAAAAAUCCACUAUACUGCUGACUGGACCCAAUCCAUCAGUUGGUCAUUGAUGUGCGGGUUUGGCUCGCCAUUCAUUUGGUUCUUCCCCGCUUUCUUCACUGUAGUUUUGGUUCACAGAGCUUUCAGAGAUGAAUACAAGUGUCAGAAGAAGUACGGGAAGGAUUGGGACAGAUAUAUUAAAGAAUGUCCAUACAGAUUUUUCCCUGGUAUUUGGUGA